UGACUCCGGUCCUCCUGACUUCGCUGAAACAGAGUGGCUAGGCUUACUUAAUGGGACACGACGAGAAGUUUACAGUAAAGAGAAUACUUUAACACGUGGGGAAGCACAGCUGACUGUUGACAGACUAAAGUCACAUGUUUUCCUUUGGAAAGAUCAGGACAAGAUAACGGACGACGCUAAAGAUGAGAUAAUGUAUGAGAUAGUAUCAAGGACAGAAUCAAUACGCCCUGAUAUAGCGUUCUUUUACAGUAGCUAUGACACAGCCAGUGCGUACCUAAGGUCAGAAAAGUACCCCAAAAAACCUGGAGAGAAAUGCGUCAUUAGUGAUGCUUGUGAUGACAUAUUGAUACUCCGUCUACAGUUGAACAUAAUGACCCAUGUCACUAUGGAUGAUAAGAGGGUAUAUGAUGUGAUACACAAGACAUUGAAUGUUUCUAUCCAAAUGCUUAAGGACAGUUUAGAGAAAAGAAAAGAGUUUCUAAAUGAUAUACGGAAAGAAGGAAAGGUUGUAGAUCAUAGAAGAUCACAUGACAGUGCAGAUCACGUGAUUUGGCGCUGGGGAUACUGGAGACCAGACAUCGUGAGAUCCUGUAUAGGUCUAUAUCCACACUGGGACAUUUACAUCAUCGACAACAAAGCUUUCAGAAAACCAAGUAAAUAUCAUGCACUUUCUCCCGAUAUCAAAUGCAUAUUGUACGGCUUACUAUUAAUUGAGAAAUAUCAACUCAACGUCAACGAACAAUCCCACAGAAACAAAAGGGACAAAAUCAGAGAUAGAUAUUUUACUAAAGUCACUGAUGAAGGGCUGGUGGAUCUUCCUGAAGGAAUCACAGAAACACAUAACGGUGUGAUAACGUUUUUAUCAGACGAUAACCGACAUGACGUCAUGUACGCCUUUGUUACGGAGUGCUUAGUGGAGGAAAGUGAUUUAGAGUUUUUUCUAACCACGGCGUCACGUGACGUGAUAUCGGAAUAUUGUAGGUCUUGGUGCUAUGAGAAAAGCAAGGGAGAAAGAUGUCUGUAUGUACCGGACUAUCCAGAGAAGAUGUACGACCUCUUUAUAGACAAACUACAGCUGGACAUCAUCUCACACUGUACCAUGUCUGACGAGGGGAUUCACGACAGUAUCAGUAAACGUUAUGGAGUCCCUUGGGAGGUUCUUCAAUGGGACCAGGAGGCCCGAGAGCGGUAUGUGGAGUACGCUAAGAGAGGAACACAGACAGUCCACCACGCCCGGGGGAUGAUUGUAGGAUGUGCUGGGGCGGGCAAAACCACGCUACUUACACGGCUGCUCGGUUGUAGUGAAGAAGAGAUUAAACAAGUGACGACUACUGAAGGAUUGAGUGUGCAUGAGGAAAUAUUCAAGAUUUGUGAUGAAACUAAAUCGCUGAUUGCUAAAAGUGCAAUCAAAAGUAAAGAUAGAACAGAAAAUGAUGCCGACACUUUUGAGAAGACAUUAACGUUCUUUGACUUUGGAGGGCAGUGUGCUUACUACGCUUGUCAUCAGAUUUACCUGACCAGGAGAGCUUUCUAUAUUUUGGUAAUGGACGCCUCUAAACGCCUUGAUCAGGUCGUAGACAAUGCUGUUUGUGACCAGGCAGACACAGCAUUUUCUGGGUGGACAUACAAAGAAUAUUUCUUAUUCUGGCUGAAAUCUAUUCAUACAUACUGCUGCAAUGUGACAGAAGGAUUAACUGGUAAAGCUGAGAUUCUCCUGGUGGCAACCCAUUGGGAAAAUGCAGUGUACAAGAACAGUCAAGAAUUCCUGGAUUCACUUCACAAAUCAUUACCAGACCAAUCGAAGCUAGCGCAAUACAUUAGGAAAGAUCGAUGUUUUCUUGCACAAUUUCCGUUAACUCCUUUAAAGGAACUUGAGAGGUGCAUUGUAAAUAUCACUGUCUUAUCGAAAUGGAGCGAGAAUAUUCCCCAUGAAUGGAUUUUCUUAAAUGACGAAAUUAAUAAGAAAAGAGGCAUUCGUCUUUUUUUGCCAUUCAAAGAAAUAGAAAACAUGAUGCCCGUACAAAAAGAGAAGAAAGGACAGAGUGUUCGUGAUAUGUUAAAAUAUUAUCACGAGGUUGGGAAAUGUCUAUUUUUCAAUGAGGAUGGGUUAAAAGAUUUGGUAAUUAUCGAUAUUCAGUGGUUUAUCGAUACAUUCAAAUCCAUCAUUACAGACAAGUUACAUGUGAAAGGAAUACUUGCCACAAAUAGAGAUUGGAAUGAAUAUUAUGAAACUGGGAAUUUAAAAGACACCCUGCUUGAUGAAAUUUGGAAGUUGAACAAUGGUUCAUCUGAAAAGGAGUCUGGGAAAUCGAUUCUUCACAAAAGAAAAUUAUUGCUGUACAUGCAGAGGUUGGGUUUUUUAGCGGUGGGUGAAGAUGUUCAUUAUGUCCCAUGCAUGAACAAAAAAGAAUUUGCCUCACCACAAAAACAGAUUAUUCAAAACUUACCAAAAACUUCAGUUUUGGUUUAUCUCUUUGAAUUUUUGCCUUACUUUCUAUUCUAUCGGCUGGUGGUUUUUUGUAUGCAAUUACCAGAAUGGAAAGUUUUAGAGAACAAUCGGAUAUCGUGUUUGUAUAAAAAAGCUGCAAUGUUUGCUUACGAAGAUCACUACAUUUGCCUUGCCGUGACAACAACUUCUAUUCAACUUCAAAUAUUUAAUCCGGAAAAAGAAAAGCAAAUUGCAAAGAAAGUCUGUGUUCUUGUGAGAAGAAACGUAGAUGAAAUGAUGAAAGACAUUACCAGCACUUUUCACAAGCAUCUUCAGUUUAAGACGGGAUUUACAUGCACAGAAGAAAGGAAACAGGUUGUUGGGGAAGACGUUGAGAAAAUUUUUAUUGCCGAAAGCGAGAUACAUGGACAUGGAGAAAGCAUGAUAUGUCCUCGUCAUCAAUUGGAAUCAUUUCACAAAAUUGAUACCAAAUAUUUGUCAGGGUUCUGGUGAGCAACAGACAUGAGACAGGUACCGCUUCAUAUAUAUUUGUGUACUUUGCCUCCAUCUUAUUUUUGUGCGAACUUGUUUUUAAACAGACACCGAUUACGAUAAAUCCGAUUUAAUUAGUAUCAUAAUUGAAUUGUUUGUCAUUAUUCUAACAAAACUGAAUACUAUAACUUUUGUAGACCACAUACUUUGAAAACUAGUAUAAAAACAAUGUAAAAAUAAUACAAUUUUCGUGUAGCUCUUACAGGUAUAUACAUGUAUUACAGUGUAUCUUAUAUGAUCAUUUGUAUAUUACUAUGUCUUCAUACCAAAAUGAAUUUAAAGGGAAUAAUAAGUUUAUACUUUCUAAUAUUUUGCUUUGAAAUAUAAUAUGCCAUAAUUAUGUACAUGUUAAAGGGUCCUCCACAUCCUCUAACUUUGGACGUUUAUUGUUUUUUUUUUAAAUUUUACUUCUUAUUUUGUAAAGUCUGUACACUGAAGAGAGUCUUACAAACAUUUUUGAGAUAAAAAUUAGUCAUGAGAAAAGCAUAUAUAGAUAACUGCGAGCGAUAUCCUAAUCAUGACGUGACAAACAAAAAAGGCUUCGAUUUUUGCAUUUCUAUCUGUUCAGUCGCCAAUACUGAAUACUUUGGGUAUGAUGAUGUUUGGGGACACUUACUAGAUUUUCGAUGUUAUAUGUUACAGGAAAAAAUAACUGUCAAAAAGAACUUUGAUACUAAGGAUUUUUCUACAUCUACAGACUUUAUUGUAUUUCAAUUUCCUGUUGUAAAUUUAUAUUUUUUUUAUCUUCACUAUCAGAAGUCUUUCCAA